AUGGUGCUGGAGGUGGUUUACGUUGUUCGUCACGGGUACAGGAGCAACUGGUCCGUAGAUCCUUCAACUGGCCACUACGACUCGAACAUCCCCUCGCCGACUGGAAUCGUUGCAGACCCAGCCUUGGCUAGCUACGGCGUUGCCCAGGCGAAGCAGCUCGGAAAGCAUCUGAUCUCGCUCUCGCCACCGGUGGACAAGAUCUACAGCUCACCUUUCUAUCGCUGCAUCCAAACACUGCAACCAUUCACGACGGAGCUCAGCAAGAUAGACCCCAAGAAGGCCACUAUCAACCUCGAGCGUGGUGUGGGCGAGUUCUACGGCCAGGCACGCUUCGACCACCCUUCACCAGCUACCAUCGAAGUCCUGAACGAGCAUUUCCCGAAUCUUCAGCAAGACCGAGAAGCCAUCAUCGUACCGAGCACCAAAGGCGAAAGCAUCCCACAACUCCACGACCGCGUGGCAUACUGUCUUUCGCAUCUCAUCGCCGCGGCGGAUGCAGAUCCCAAUGGUCCCAAAGCAAUCCUGAUAUGCUCGCAUGCCGCAGCCAUGAUCGCCAUCGGCCGCGUGCUGACCGGAAACAUGCCUGAGGACGACACCGCCGAGGACUUCAAUUGCUUCACCGCCAGCUUCAGCAAGUUCGUGCGUCGUGGCAAGGCUCAGGAGAACCCAGACUUCUCCGCAGUAAAAGGCAGCUGGGAUCCCGCCGUGGCGGAGAAGGUACCGGAUGUGAAGUGGAGAGGCGGUGCCGGUGUUGGCGGAGGAUGGGAAUGCGAGGUCAAUGGCGACUGCUCCUUCCUGGAUGGUGGAGAAGAGAGAGGCUGGUAA